GCAGCUGUCCGAAGUCAUACAAUCAAGUGUUGCUAAAAGCGAUUGUGGUGUGCAACUUUAGCUAUCUUUGGAUCCCGGUACUGAUUAGACUCCCUGGUCUAAGAAAUCCAGAGAUGGUGAAGUUGGAACUGAGCCAGGUUGUGAUCCGCCGAAUGAAGGAGGAGGACAUAGAGGCUGUGAAAGAACUCGUUAAGGAAGGGUCUCGGGGCUCAGAGAACCGCCUCAUUCUGCACCUCCUCACCCGACCCCUGUGCCUGCUCCUCCUGGCCACCGUCUCGUCUGUCAUGCGCUUCCUCCUGCACUCCUUCAUCAUGGCCAUGAUCACCCCCGUCUUCCUCGUCAUCAUCUACCUCAAGCUCACCAUCCCUCGAUCUGUAGGCAUCCUGGGCACGAGAAUGCCCUACUGGGACUACGUGGGGACCAGUUACCAUGGAGCGCGGGACUCCACACUGGAGAAUCCCUACGCGCAAGGCAACGUGAAGCCAAACGCUGGCAGGAACAAAGAUAAAACCGCAGAGCCUCACGAGAAGGGGAGACACCGUCAGAAGGAGAAGGCCAAAGACAGGGAAGACAAAGAGGGAGGGGAGGUGUGGCUGGCAGAUUGCGAGGGAGAGAUUGUGGGGUGCAUCUCCAGAGAGAGAGCGAGCAGGCCAGGGGACGUCAGAAUCUGUCGGCUGGUGGUCCAGUGCUGGUAUCGGAGAGAGGGGCUGGGGAGGCUUCUCGUUCAGAGUUUAGAGAAAAAGGAAAAGGAGAUGGGAGCGAGGCGGGUGUACGCGCAUGUGCCCGCCCCGUCAAAGAUAGGGGACGUGUUUUUCCGGAAGCUGGGCUACCGGAAACAGGGAGAGAUGGAGGAGAAAGGACAGGGAGACGAUGAACUGAAGCAGCAAGAGGAAGAGGAGGAGGAAGAAAGGGGAUGGUUGGGAUUCCAGGUGAAUAAGGUGUUUGUGAAGGAUCUGUGAGAUGAGAGUAAGAUGGAAAGAGUGAUUGUAAAGUUGACAGACUGGGGAAAAUAGGAGACAAGGGAUAAAGGGCAAAGAAGGGGUAAGAAAGGGUUAUACAGGGUGUAAAAAAUGGAGGAAGACACUACCACUGGUUGAAAACUUGAGUGAUUUUGGAUGAGGGUCAACACCUACUACAGAGAAUGAAAAGAGAAAGAUUGGGGCAGCUGGUGAGAAAAGGAGGGAUGGACUAAACUGGCCCUUCUUAUUUUGUGUUAUUUAUGCUUUUAUUUAUUAUGUUUGUAGUUGUGAUUAUGUAUAUUCAAUAUGUUGUCAUUACCCACAUGGCUGAAGUUGUUUUCCUCUUCCUUCUCCUGCACUGAAGGGGGCACUCUCCCCCAAAAAUCUGAUUGUAAUGAUUAUGUUGAAAUUAUGUCAUGUUCAUAUUGUUUUGCUGAUGUUUGAAAAUGAAAAUGUCAGUUUUAUAAAGCCAAAACUCGAAUCAACCUUUUCCAGUUAUUUUAAAAACAGUACACCCCUCCCAGCA